GCCCGUAUACUCAGCUAACGGCCGAUUCAACCUAUCAAGGCGAAGCUUGCGAAGUGUCAUCGCUUCAACUUCCUAGCGGGAAGCGGAAGAAGCAGGAGCUGCAUGGAAUAACGCCGAAUGAAUGUAUAUGCAGUAAAAGAAGAUGCGACUCUCCCGUGCUGAAUACAAGGAGAUAGUGAGAUGGACAGAACAACUGAGACCAACACGCCAAUGUAUGAAAAUGCUAAAGGAAAGAUUUCCAAAUCACUCGCAGUCCACUCUUCUGAGCAUCUUCUCCCUGGAGUACCAGAAACGGACCAAAAGAAUAAUCUCAAGGCACCAUGCACCUGAUGUCAUUGAAAGCCACUACCAAAGGUAUCUGAGCGAGGCCAAGGCACAUCCCGCCUCUCCCGUCUUGCUGGAGCUGGCCAAUGAGGUGGAUUUGUCUCCUGCGCUGAUGGCUCGCAUAAUCCUGGACAGGUUUCUUCAGGACCUGGAAGGUGGAAUGCCCUCAAAAACAGUGCUCAACAGCAUGCUGAAAGAACCAUCGCUAAUCCCGGACCAAACUUUGGCCAAGAACAUAUACCAGUGCACAGUAAAUGACUGCUGUUAUGGACCACUGGUAGACUGCAUCAAACAUGCUAUCGGCCACGAGCACGAAGUCCUGCUACGUGACAAACUUAAGGAGAAGAAUCUGUCCUUUCUAGAUGAAAACCAACUGAGAGCUCGAGGCUACGACAAAACGCCAGAUAUCAUCCUGGAGGUUCCAGUUGCUGUGGAGGGACACAUUGUCCACUGGAUUGAGAGCAAAGCUUCAUUCGGAGACGACCACAGCCACCGCACUUAUCUGAACGAACAGUUCUGGAGCUACUGGAACAGCUGAGAGCCAGUUUUGACAUGGCCGCCGUUCACAAGCGGGGAGCGGGAGAGAAAAGUGGCACCUCAGCGAUACAUAUCCUUCCUCCUGCUUGGCUGUGACAUCGUGAGAUGGAGAGGGAAGCCUCAAGUCAAAUGAGGUGCGAGGGUGUCAGCUCUGUGAAUUUCUUUUUUUCUGUGCUGGAACUUUUUUUUGUAAAAGAUGAAUGUCCAUGUUUUUUGUCAGCUUUCACAAUGUAUAACAUCAGAAUCGCCAAGACAUACUUUUGUGUCUCCUUCACUUUCUGUUUUUUUUCCUCUGCAGUGCCCCUCUGGGCUCAGACAGUGCACACAUCAUCUAUACUGAAAAUGGAACUACAACAUUUUCGGCACCGCUUUGUUUGUUGGGAACGUCUUCUGUACUACUUUUUUAUAGUAACUCUUUAUUCUGGCGGAUCGGACCAGAAAUGAUUGUAUUAUUAUAGGAGGAUGGUACGGCAUUUACUUUUUUUAAGCUAUAUGUUUUUAUUACAUUCUUAAUAACAAUGAAUCAGUACAUUACAGUUUGUAUAUAUUUUUAAAGAACAUUAUUUGGUUAGUUGCCUUAUAUGGUUACGUGUCUUAUGGGCUAACUUUUUGUAUAUAGUUUUAUUAUUAUUUUUUGCAUAUAUAUGUUUUUGUAAAUGAAAGGAGAAAGGAGUGUUAAGGUUACCGGUAAUUGUAUUUUAUUCACAAAGUAGAUCCCCUCAAACGGUGCAGCAUUUUGUGCUAUUAUGUGGCAAUUUGACAUUAAAAAAGAUGCACUGAACGGUUAAUUAAAACAAGAAGUGAUUUUAUGUGCAUAUUCUUUGAUCAGUUGAGGAGUUGGGGUGAGUUACUGGUAGCUCACACACAGCAUCUUUUGGAUACCCUUCCUUCUAAAGAUUACCUGAAUCAAUAAAAUAAUCUUUGAAUGUAACUAAACUGAAUUUAAUUGCAAUAUGCAGUUAAUUUUAGGAUGUGAAAAAUGUGAGAUUUACCAUCUGCAUGCAGCAGUGGCGAGCGGCGCAUUUCAUACCUGGGCCUUCAGUGGGAACUUAAGCAGCCCAAUCCACCUCUUAGUCCCACUGCUAUCAUGUCACAAUUAUGCAAACCAUGAAUAAAAUGCAAAAAUGCAAUUCAAAUGUAUGUGUGGCAUUCAUCCCCACAGAAGUGGGGAUGAAUACUAUUAGUACUAAAGCAAGAAGCUCAGUUCACCUUUUAACUUCCAAUACAUUAUCUCGGAACUCACUUAUCUCUUCCUGUA